AUGGGAGCGCGUGUGCGGCAGCAGGCGGGGGUGCCACACGGAGCGCACCACGAGAGGAUUAUGCGGGGAGAGGCGGGGAAAGAGACCCCGGGCGCCGCCACAAGGAGCGAACUCAGGGGCUGCCUCGUCUGUAAAGCCGCGAGGGACGCGGCGAGGAGGGCGGCACUAAAGCGAGACCCGCUGUGUCCGAUCGUGCGGAAAGCCGCGCAGCAAUGGACCGAGGAAGAUGAGAACCCGCCUAGAGCGACGAUGGCGCACUUGCUUAGCGGCGCCUGCCUGGGGAAUAGGGAGCAGGCCAGAUGGUUCCUCAGAGUAGCGCGAGCGCAGACGGGGACGGCGAUCAGCAAAGUAGCCCAGGCGGCACCCGACUCCAAGGAUACGCUGAAGACGCUGAGGAUAGCGCAUGUCGCUGCGCUGAAGGGCUCACGCUAUAGGGUGCUGGAUGAGGACGGGUACGAUGCACUAGCCCCAGCCGUCGGGGGGGUGUUGCCGGCGCUGGUAGAUGAUCUCUCGGAGAAGAGCCGGAGGGACCUUGGCGCCGGGGUCACGAGGAACUUGCAAAUCGUGGCGGAGGCGGCGACGGGGGCGGUGCAGAGGUGGAUCCAGCUCAACGAUGAGGCUACGGCGCGCAUAAUGAAGAGAGAGGAACACAUUGAGUGGCUGAGGAAGCUCUUCAGAUCACUGGGUGGAAAGAGGCUCGGCCGGCCUUGA